AUGACCUGUAGGGCAAUAUACCCAGCAAGGAGCCUGCUUCGGGCAAAACUGUCCGUCCCAGCUUCAUCACCCUAUCGAAUCCCGUAUCGCUCGUAUUCAUCCCCUUCCACCAAUGUUGAUGAUCGUCCGUUAGCUGGUAUCAAGGUUGUGGACCUUACUAGGGUAUUAGCUGGUCCAUUGGCUACGAUGAUGCUGUCGGAUCUAGGAGCCGAUGUGAUCAAGGUAUGUUCAAAUCUCGCAUCUUACAACUCAAGGGCUAUCCAUGACUGUAACAAAAGAUUUAACUUACCUACCUCAAUUACUUCAUAUCAGAUUGAGACGCCCAAACACGGGGACGACACACGAUCAUGGCUUCCACCUUCAGCGUCAUUCCCUCAGGAAGGGACUUACCCCAGACCCGACCUACCUCCUGAAUCAGCCUAUUUCCUCCAAGCUAACCGGAAUAAGAGAUCACUAACGCUCAAUCUCAAGUCUGAAAAAGGGAAAGAAGUUAUACGGAGGUUGGUGAAAGAUGCGGAUGUGUUGGUUGAGAAUUAUGUACCGGGUAAAUUGGACAAGUUCGGAUUGGCGUAUGAACAGGUUAAAUCUUUAAAUCCCAAAUUGGUGUACUGCUCAAUUACUGGAUAUGGGUCUACGGGACCUUACGCGAAGUUCCCAGGAUACGACGUAGUGAUAGAAGCUGAAGCUGGGUUGAUGCAUAUAACGGGUGAGAAAGGUGGUAAACCUGUCAAAGUCGGAGUAGCGGUGACUGAUAUCUUGACGGGACAUUAUGCUCAGUCGGGUAUCUUAGCUGCGUUGUUGAAAAGGGGUAAGACAGGUGUAGGGUCCAGAGUCGAGGUCAGCUUGUUCGAGAGUCAGAUCGCCUCUCUGGCCAAUAUAGGUUCCAACUACCUCAUAUCGGGCCAAGAAGCUACCCGAUGGGGUACAUCCCAUCCUUCGAUCGUUCCGUAUCAGGUGUUUCCCACGAAAGACUCCUUCAUCAUGCUUUCUGCGGGGAAUGAUAUUCAAUUCUCCAUCCUUUGUUCGCCUACUGUGCUAGACAGAAUGGAUUGGGUAAAUGACGAGAGGUUUGCGAAGAACUCGAAGAGGGUGGAGAACCGAGAUGAGCUGGUGGGUCUGAUUGAGCAGGCGUUGAGUGAAAGGACCACGGAAGAAUGGUGCGAGAGGUUCAAGGGCAAGGGCUUUCCUUUUGCCCCGAUCAACAAUAUAGCUCAAACGUUCGCUCAUCCUCAAUCAAUAGCAAGGCAGGUAGUCGAAGAGAUAGAGCACCCUCGGGCGGGUAAAAUCAAAUUAGCAGCUGCGGCGACCUCGUACGACGGCAUAAAACCCAAGCUGUACCGGCCUCCUCCUUACUUGGGUCAACAUACGAACGAGAUUUUGACGGAGCUGGGAUAUGAGGAGCACGAGGUAGGGAAGAUGAAGGAAGAGGGGGUGGUGUGA